AUGGAUGCGUCAAACUUGAAUGAACUCUUUGUGUUUCUCCUCGACUGCGGCCUUUCCGUCGAGGAGUAUGUGCUCGCCCGCCUCGACGACUGCCGGGAGCUGUUGCGCGUUUGGUACCAAAUCGCCUUGAAGACGUCCAAAGGUACCAUCGUGGCCUCGCUUGCCAUAUUCUCGCUGGCACUCCUGGUGCUUCUGACCCUUCUGGGCUGCCUUGCGCUCUCGCUUCUGGGCACCGUGGCUGUCCGUCACUACAUCCUCUCGCACGCCCCUGGAAAUCAGUUGCUGCCUCUCACCUUCAACAUCAUGCCCUUCGAGACGGAGUUGUGGCGGCUGCGCAGGGUGGACAGCUUUGUGUCGCAAGUGGCAGCUGAGCCACUGCCACUGCCCCCCCACGGCGACGCCAAUUCCAUCGUGGCAAGGAGGGGAGCUAUCGACGCACAGCUGCCCUUCUCCGUUGCGGAGCAGGCGGCCGCGCUGAAAAUGUCCCUUGUACAGCAGUACGUGCAAAGUACACUGGCGACAAGCACGCUGCUCAUUCCCACAUUGGUGGAGAGGGAAGUGUUUCCUCCCGGCGGCGGCGUCUCCAUUGAGGCACUCUUCCAGCAGCAGAGGCCAAUGUUCAAUGCCAGGGGCGUGUAUGACGCCAAGGUGCAGCUCGUCUUUCUGAAGGAGGACGUGGGGUGCGACGUUUCUCUGGUGUUGGAAUCCGCCGUGCUCUUUUCUGAGGAUCCCGAUGUCUCUCAGGCACUCAGCGCCUUAGAUGUCCUUUUAAAGACGACCACCUCCCUCACCUUCACAACGGGUGAGAAGGAGAAGAGUUGGCUCAUGCACUUGAUCAGCAUGUCGCUUCGCGUUGCCUUCUUUGUGCCGUUGUGGAUGUAUGAGAACUUCAUCGAGUUGCUGCGCCGCGACGUCUUCCCUGCGGUUGAUGCCUCAACCGAGGUGGGCGUCGUCGCCGACGUUUACAACGGCUUUGAGCCGCCCCUCGCCUUACAGCCUCGGCUUCGCGCCAUCAACUUUACGUUGUACCAGCAGGUGGGGGACACCCUACACCGGGCGCGGCUGCGCCGGAUGCACUUCUUCAGCAGCGUUCAUCUCACCGGUCUUGCGUACUACUUUUCGACGUACGCUUUCACCAGCUUCAUCUGCACGACGCUGCUGCUGUUCGUCUGUUUUUGCGCCACUGCUGUGUGGGUUGCCUUUGCCGCAGGAGCGUUGAUCGGGUUUCUCUAUCUGCGUCGCACGCGCUCUGUCGCAGAGGCUGUUGGGUCUCCGCCCGACACCGAUGAGGAGGAGGAGGACGAUGGGAAAAGUUUAGUUGGGGAGAAGCGCCUGUUAUUUUCGCAUCCCUCCCCCUCUGCCUCGCUGCACGCUGAGAGCUUUGCCUCAGGUUUACAGGGGAGCAGGCGGAUGUCGUCGUUUCGCGUCCAUGAGCCGAAUUCGCCCCUUACAAAAGAAAAGAAGUCCACGUAG